AACCACACUAUUUCCACAAGCUCCCUUAUUCAUUCCCUAUCUCAUUAUCAUCAUCAUCAACACAUCACAAACUCAAACACAAAGCAGUGUUUGCCUUAGAAACCAAAACAGAAAAAACAACAAAUAGUAAUGGCAACCACACCAGCUUUGUAUGGCACUGCAGUCAGCACCUCCUUCAUGAGGAGGCAGCCAGUGCCAAUGUCAGUAGCAACCACAACCACCACAAAGGCAUUUCCAAGUGGUUUUGGUUUAAAAAGUGUUAGUACAAAACGUGGAGACCUUGCAGUUGCUAUGGCUACUUACAAAGUGAAACUUAUUACACCAGAAGGACCUCAGGAAUUUGACUGUCCAGAUGAUGUUUACAUUCUUGACCAUGCUGAGGAAGUUGGAAUUGAACUUCCUUACUCAUGCAGAUCUGGUUCUUGUUCUUCUUGUGCUGGUAAAGUUGUUAAUGGUAAUGUUAAUCAGGAAGAUGGUUCUUUUCUUGAUGAUGAACAGAUUGAAGGAGGUUGGGUUCUUACUUGUGUUGCUUUCCCUACAUCUGAUGUUACUAUUGAGACUCACAAGGAAGAGGAACUCACUGCUUAAUUCUAUUGUAUAAUGUAUUCCUCUUAUGUUAUAUGUUUGUUUUGCCUUUAAAUUUUGUGUUUUACUUUCUCUACAAUGAGUAGUAACUCUAUUAAUUCCUUCACCUGUUUGUUGUAACAUGUGAAGUUAAUAAUGUUGUUCUGUUUUUAUUA